AUAAAGCUAUUAUGGGAUGAACUUGAUGCAUUAUAUACCACUGUGACCUGUUCUUGUGACUAUAAAUGUGGAGGAAAAACUAAAAUGUUGAAGUCUCACCAGGAUGAAAGGCUUAUUCAGUUCUUAAUGGGACUAAAUGACACCUAUGGCCCUGUGAGGAGCAACAUACUCAUGAUCUCUCCUCUCCCCAAUGUCAAUCUUGCUUACUCUCUCUUGAUUCAAGAUGAGAAGCAAAGGGAAAUCUAUGUCAACUCUCAGUUUCCUGGAGAUUCAUCCUCUUACUUGGCAGUUCAGCAACACUCUUCAACUAAUAAGCCUCAGAACUAUGAGUAUAAAGGAAAGAGGAACAACUUAAUUUGCUCACAUUGCAAGAAACCAGGACAUUCUAUUGAUAAGUGCUACAGAAUAAUUGGGUUUCCUGCUGAUUUUAAGUUCACAAAGAAUCAGAAAUUCCAAGUAGGAAUUAAAAGCAAUGCUGUGCUAGGAACCCCUAACGCACAACACACUGUGUUUCUUAAGGGAGAAGAAAACCCUUUUACUCAAGAGCAAAUCAGUCAGCUGCUUCAAAUUCUUAAACAUACAAAAAUUGGCCAUCCAGGGGUAAAUGCUAGUAUGGUUGAGUGUACUGGAAACCCCUUCACACCAGAUCAGAUUUCUAAGUUGUUCCAGCUUCUUCAGCUGAGUAGCCUGGGGGUUUCAAGUUCAGAUGUGAAUGCUAAUAUGGUUCACUGUGCUGGACCUUUUAGUGAAGAUCCCUCAGGUUCUUGGUCAAGCUAGAAAUGGCAUCUAUGUUCUCCAGUCACCUGUUUCUCAGCUUCCAAGUUCUUCUAAGAAUAGCUUAGGAUUACUUUCCAGUUUUUCAAUUCCUCCAUGUAAUAAUUUCAGUAGUUCUGUUUCUUUAAAUUCCAACUCCAAUGUAAUGUUGUGGCACAUUAGAUUGGGACA